CGUCUCUGUCUAAAAGAAACAAUUUGUAGGCUGGACAUAGCAAGUACUACGAGCAAGUCCCUCGCAAUUGGACAUGCAGAUAGCAUCCCAAUGUAGGAAGAUGCAGUCGCAGUAGCUAUGCUGAUGCAUGCAUGCCUCAGGCUGCAACAGGUCUAUCUCCGCCUCCGCGCCCAAGGCCGACCGACCGACCAGCUUCUCCAAUUCCCCCCUCUGUCAAACAUACCUACUCCCCCAACAAGAGGCUUCUCGCCGCUGAAGCUUGGCCGCCAUGUCGGAUGAGUCGAAAUCAAAAGGCUUCCCGGACAUCUCGGCCAAACUGUCCGCAAUCCCCAAGAAGUCGCUCUUCGAACGCCAGAAAGCCGAAGCGGAAGCCAAACGAGCCCGCGAGCAAGCCGAGACCGCCGCCGUAUACGAGGACUUCGUCAAGUCAUUCGAAGAUGACUCACCAGCACACGACCGACAUUCCUCCGAUGGACGAUUGAGCCGAUUCCCCCCCAAGAAUCCAGGCUUUGGAGGCCCCGGAAAACGCCAUUUCACGAGCUCGGGGCCGCGCUUGAGCGGUCCUGGUACUCUGGGACCACCACCUCCGAGAAAGCGCCCACACGAAGGGUUUCAGCCAAUACACCGUAAUCGGGAUACAGCGUCGGGGGUACUGGGGUUUGAUAAUACUGCACCGGCUGCCGCGUCGGCUUUCCGUGCUUCGGACGAUGAGGAUGAAGCAGCUGCUGAUGCGAAAGAGGCUGAACGGGCUGCUGCGAAGCCUACGUUAUAUCUUGCGUCUCUACCGCCCGGGACUUCGCCUUCGGUGCUUAAGUCUUUGAUACCCUCUGUGUUGACUGUCGAUAAUGUUAAGAUCCUGCGACCCCCAGGUCAGCUUAUAAACGACCGGAAGUCGGUGGCCGCCAUUGUGACUCUCGCAAAUGAGUCUGCGGCCUCGGAUAUCGAUAGCACUGUUAGCGCUCUACAGAACAGAUACCUAGGAUGGGGAUACUAUUUGACAAUCUCGAGACACCUUUCCUCUGCCGCUAUUGGCUCGACGAUGCCGGUCACUGUCGGCCUGUCUUCCGCAAGCUCUCUUCCUUUUGGCGCCAAGCCGAUAACGCCCGAUAUCCCUGGACGACUCAAUCGUGCUCCACCCCCGGGGUUGCAUCGUGGAGGAUUCGCGCCACCGUCGUCGUACGGAUCGGCUUAUGGGAGACCUGGUCCUUCCACCCAGGUUGAGGUGAAGGCACCGUCAGACUUGAAACAGCUGAAGUUGAUACACAAGACACUGGAGAACUUAUUGAGCUAUGGACCGGAGUUUGAGGCGCUGCUCAUGAGCAGACCCGAGGUCCAGAGAGACGAGAAAUGGGCAUGGAUUUGGAAUGCUAGAAGUGCUGGUGGGGUGUACUAUAGGUGGAAACUGUGGGAGAUUCUCACCAAUACCCGCCCUCCUGCAAAUCGACGGGGUAGGCCGCAACCACCAUGCACUAUAUUCGAGGGUGGUGCGACUUGGGCCCCGCCGGAGGCACAUAUCAAGUUCGAGUAUACAACACGCAUGGACGAGUUUGUAACGGACGAUGACUACGACUCCUCUGACGAAGAGAUGUCGGAUUAUGAGGACGAAAGGCGGAACCUUGGCGGUGCACCGCCAGCAGAGGGUCCUGGCGCCGCAAAUGAGGGACUGGGCUAUAUGAAUCCUUUACAGAAGGCCAAGCUAACCCAUCUGCUUGCUCGACUUCCGACUACGCAUGCCAAAUUACGAAAGGGAGAUGUUGCUCGAGUUACUGCUUUCGCCAUUGAGCACGCGGGCGCAGGGGCCGACGAAGUCGUGGAAAUGAUUGUAUCGAACAUCAUGAACCCGUUUGCCUACACUGGGGCGAAUCCCGAUCGUGAGGCAGAAACAGGAAUUGCCCGUCGUGAACAAGCAGACUUAGCCAAGGAUAAUCCCGCCGAGGAAGGGCGGCCACCGACGAAGGAGAAUCUGGAUACAUCAGCUGCAAAGUUAGUUGGUCUCUACUUAGUAUCCGACAUUCUCUCAUCUUCCGCCACGAGCGGCGUGCGACAUGCUUGGCGGUAUCGGCAGCUUUUCGAGUCUGCGUUGAAGACACACCAGGUGUUUGAGCAUCUAGGGAGACUUGAGAAGGACUUCAGAUGGGGCCGACUGAGGGCCGAAAAGUGGAAGCGUAGUGUUGGCACUCUUCUUCACCUGUGGGAAGGCUGGUGUGUGUUUCCGCAGUCUAGCCAAGAACACUUCUUCCAGAUCUUUGAGAAGCCGCCGCUCACGGAAGAGGAGCUACGAGAAGAGAGGGAGAAGGCCGAGGCCGAACGCGCUGCGAGUGCAUUCUCCAAGAACAAGAGCCGCUGGAAGACAGUCGAUGAAGAUGCUACCUCCGGGAAGUUUGAUCCUGGGCGAGCGUCUGAAACACAUCCUCACCGGAUGGAUGUCGAUAAGCCGACGGCUGUACCAGCAGCGGUUGAGAAUUUUGAUGGGGAAUCAAUGAGUGAUAUUGAUGGAGAACCUAUGGAGGACAGCGACCUGGAAGGGCCGGAUGGAGAGCCAAUGGAAGAAGACUCUGCUGCAGAGGAAGAUCCCAGGGAGUCGGAAGAGCAACCACAAAAACCAGCCGAGCCACCAGCCCAACCGGAGUACCAGCCGCCAGCCCGAAAGCCGCGGCCUAAAGCCGAAGAUAUGUUUGCCGAUUCAGACGAUGAGUGAUAUAGGGCUGCUCGGGUAUGAAUGGUGAAGACGGAAUGAUAUGUCUAUAUUACUAGGUUAGAAUGUUGGGUUACGAUACCUUUUCUCGUAUUAUCACAUCACAAUGGGCACUGUCUACC